CUAGCACAGACCUUCUUCAGGAGGGAGAAAUGGGAAGUUGCUGUCGACCAUGAUCCUUAUGUCCCAGAGGGAAGGAAACUAACAGCGCAGCUUUCAAUUUUCUGUGGCCUGUGGUUUGCAGAUCCAGUGUGAUUCCAUGGAAAGGUGGAGAGCGGAAGUGCACUUGGAAGUUCAACUCCAACUCCAGCAAAUCUUCUGGCAUUUCUGUCUUGCUGUAGCUGAGAUUCUGAAGAUGCCUGCUGCAGUAACUAAAAGUGUUUCCGUAAGCAUGCUAGAGAGAGAACCCCCUAACACAGAUUUCGAACAGGAAGGAGAAAUUGAUAAAGAGCUCCAAGGAAAAUAUCUCAGAAUGGUCUCCGCCGUGACGCCUAUAAAGCUAUACUGCUGCUAUGUACUGAACAUGGGUCUCACUGCAGCUGUAAUUACACUUGUAGCUUUGUCAGUGGGAAAAGGAAAACUGGUCACUGAGUGCCCUGGACCUUGCUCUCCCACCUGCCCAACAGACUGGAUUGGUUUUGGAAGUCAAUGUUUUUAUUUUUCUGAAGACAUAAAUAACUGGACAUCCAGCCAGACCUUCUGCAUGGCACUAGCGGCCCAUCUAGCUCUAUUUGACAGUCUGGAUGAGCUGAAUUUUCUGAAGAGAUACAAUUGUGAUCCUGACCACUGGAUUGGCCUGCACAGAGAGUCACCAGAGCACCCCUGGAUGUGGACAAAUAACACUGAAUAUAACAACUUGGUUCCUGUCCGAGGAGGAGGAGAAUGUGCCUACCUGAGUGACAGCGGAAUCAGCUGUGGCAGGGGCUACAUACACAGGAAAUGGAUUUGUAGCAAGCCUAAAGCUACUCUUUGCAAGGGCCAUGGAUUUUAAUUACAGGGUAGGGGAUGUGCCAGAGCAUGUGUAAGAAAGAGAUGCUCUGUGACCUGUUAUCUGCUCCACUCCUGAUCUGCUAAAAUCAUCAUCAAAAUCCAAUGAUGUAUGUGUUGACAGCAAAGAUGAAAUUUCACUGAGAGGAUUAUAUAUAAUGGUUCUUGGUAAAGCAUGGGUAGUUAUAAAUUAAUAAGUAUCUGAGUUAAACCCAAAGUAUAGUCGUAUGUAUGUAUAUUAGUGAACUCCACUUUUAUGACAAGAUACGAAUUUUUUUUCUUUGGUCCUUGCUUUGAACUCAGGGGACCUAAAAAUGAGUGGAAACUAAAUGCAUGGAAAUGAUUCAAUAAUCACAAGAAAUGUGGUGCUUGGUCUAUGGACUCUAAGUAUUUUUGUAUAUAUGGUCAAUAUUAUUUUAUAAAAUUCAAUAAACAAUAUGAUGUGAUAUCUAGACAGUAUUAAAACCAUUACUGUAUACUGUAUACCUUGUGAAUAACUCAUCAUGGACUUAGUCAAAAUGUUUUACACUUUACUCCUCUGUGUUCCUGUUUAGUUACAGUGGACUAAGAGCAUGAUCCAAACAAAUGCCCUUUAACUUUCUUUAUUCAACUUUUUUGAGACUUUCCUAUAUGAGUAUGCCAUUCAAAGUUCAUUCUUUAUUAGUUUCAUUCAAAAACAAACCUAACAAUGCAUAAGAAAGUUAAUUAAUGAACAUUUUAAAAUGUAUUUGGUGCCUAAUUUUGCAAUCAUUUGCACACAGUUGCGUUCUAAGAACAAAAUAGUUUAAUUUUUUAUCGUUAUACUGUACCGAUGUGUCCUAAAACGGACUAAAUAACAGAUAAAAAUUCUGCCUUCAGUCAAUUCUGUCUUCUUACUUUAUUGGUAUAUGGACUAAACCUGGUGACCUGAGUUUGACCUGGACCCAGAUGGUAGAAGGAGAAAACCAACCCAAGCAAGUUGUCCUGUGAUGUCCACAGUUAUGCUGUAGCCAUAAGCAUAUAUGUACAAAUAAAAUAAGUAAUAAAUUUUUUUAAGUUCAACUUCGAUAGAGACUGUGUCUGUUACAUUUGUUUCAUUGCUGUUAUUGUUGUUGUUGCUG